AUACGAUUGUGACAUUCCAUCCGAAGCUCAUUUAAAGAAGCAGAUAAAGCCCAAUUCCACAAACACAAGCAAACCUAAAAAUCACUCUCCUUGUUAUAAAUUCCAAAUUUUUUAUAAGAUAGCGUGUGUUAAUGUAUAAAUGUAACGCUGGUCAACGUCGACUCUCUCAGGAAAUUACACCCAUAUAGAAUUUAUUUAUUAUUAGUACACGGUAUACUAGUACUAGUAUCAGCUAAUUAAUCGAUCAACCUUAAUUAGCUACCUCUUAGUUAAGAAGAAUCUAGGAAGAGAAAAAAUUAGAGAAGUAACAGUAUACACACCCCUGCACCAUGCCCCCCACCGCACGAUUUUUGGCGCAGGAUAAUCCAGCCUACUACGGCGCGGCGUCGACGCUAGUCCUCACCGCCGUCGCUUUCUGCUCCGGCGCCGUCUUCGUGGCCGUCGCGGUUUUCCUGCAGUGCGUGUGCCAUCGCCGGCGCGGCAGCGGUGUCGGUCCGUCUGUCGCGUCGACGCGCUGGUUCCGUCGUGCCAGUGGGCUCAGUCCAUCCGCCAUUUCGUCCCUACCAGCUUUUGCUUAUGAAAAGGAUGCCGACGGCGGCAGCGGCGGGGGUGGUGGAGGGUGCGCGGUGUGUCUGGAGUCGGUGGGCGACGGGGAGACGGUGCGGCGGUUGCCGAUGUGCAAGCACUUGUUUCACAUGGAGUGCAUCGACAUGUGGCUGUACUCGCACUCGACGUGCCCGGUUUGCCGGGCCGUCGUCGGGCCGGCGGAUGCUGCCGAGGAUAACGAGCAGGCGGCGGCGCCGACCGCGACCGCGACCGCAACCGCGGUCGUCGCCGAAGGGUCGGCCGGAGUUCAAUAUUUGCCUGUAUAGCUAGGGGGGAUUAAAGAGAACAAUUUGUUUUUAAGUCUUUUUUUUUUUGUUUAAUUUCGUGGGAGAAUUUUUUAGGCAUUAAUUGGAGCUUACUUACCACAUGUUGGUGUUGUGAUGCACAUUGUUUUUGUUGCGCCAACCCACGACGUACGUUACAUAAUUUUGAAAUGUCUUUGAUUCC